AACGACCAAAACAAUGGUCACGAAGAGAAUGACAGCAAUGAAUACGAAGAGCAGAACGACAUUAAUAUGAAUGACAACCAAAACAGCGAUACGACUGAAGAGAACGGCAAUAAUGACAACAAAGCCGACGAAAGUAACGCCAAUAACAGUAACGCCGACGACGACAAUGAAGAGCCGGAACAGUUCCGCAAACUAUUCAUCGGUGGCCUCGACUACAAGACCACUGAAGACACGCUUCGCUCGCAUUUCGAUCAGUGGGGAGAAAUCGUGGACUGCGUUGUCAUGAGAGACCCGCAGAGCAAGAGAUCGCGAGGUUUUGGGUUCAUUACGUACAGCAAGGCAUCGAUGGUGGACGCGGCGCAGGCCUCGCGACCCCAUAAGGUGGACGGACGGGAAGUGGAGCCCAAGCGAGCGGUUCCCCGAGAGGUUAGUGGCGCUCAUGAAUGCUGUUCGCCAUUGAGUGACAUGUGA